ACUGAGACAUCACUGAGACAUCACCGAGAUAGACCGAGACACCGCUGAGACAGACAGAGACAGCUCGUGUCGUGUCUCUCUCUCUUUCACACACACACACACACACACACUCAGAGUACAUUUGGAGACCGGAGAAGGAGGAGUGUGUGUGCUGAGAUGCGUCUCUGAUGCGCGCGGCUGAGAGGUAAACACACGCGCGCGUGGAUGUGAACGGAUGUUAUCUUGUGACUUACGGACACGCAGAAAAAUGUGAGGAGAGACACACACACACACGAGGAGACAAAUGAGGACAGAACCCUCACACUCUAGACCUGGUUACGCUGCCUUCAUCAUCAGCGUCCGGGUCAUUCAGAGGUUGGAGAUUCAUGGGAUAUGACACAUCUUCAAAUCCAAUUUCCCUGUGAAGGCCCUUUUGGUUCUUCAUACAAAGGAUUGACAACUAAAGCACAUUGAAAAUUAUAUAGUGUGUAGAGUGAAGUGGAGGGGGGCUGAUGGCUUCCCGGUGGGUCCUGUGCUGGUUGGGGCUCAUGUUGGCCUUUAUGUCCCUCUCACAGUCAUCUCAGGGAUGCCCGCCGCGCUGCGACUGCGCCGCUCAGUUACGCUCAGUGUCCUGUCAGCGCAAGCGGCAGUCCGGUGUCCCAGAGGGCAUCCCGACAGAGACAAGGCUACUGGAUCUCAGUCGAAACCGCCUGCGUUGGGUGGCCCCCGGAGACCUGGCGCCGUACCCACACCUUGAGGAGCUGGAUCUGAGCGAGAACCUCAUCAACACACUGGAACCCAACGCUUUCGCCAGCCUGCAGGCCCUGCGCACACUGCGGCUGAGAGGAAACCAGCUGAAGCUCGUGCCCAUGGGUGCGUUUGCACGGCUGUCAAAUCUCACCACGCUGGACCUGAGCGAGAACAAGAUAGUCAUCCUACUGGAUUACACCUUCCAAGAUCUGAGGAGUCUCAAAAAUUUGGAGGUUGGCGAUAAUGAUCUGGUCUACAUAUCCCACAAGGCUUUCUCAGGGCUGUUGGGUCUCGAGGAUCUCGCCAUCGAAAGAUGCAACCUGACGUCCAUCUCAGGCCAGACUCUCUCGUAUCUCCGUAACCUUGUGACCCUUCGACUUCGUCACCUCAGCAUCACCGCGCUCGAAGACCAAAACUUCCGCAAGCUGUCGGCACUAAGAGGCCUGGAGAUCGACAACUGGCCCUAUCUGGAGUACGUCUCACCACUGAGCUUCCAGGGUCUCAACCUUUCCUGGCUUUUCAUCACCAACACCAACAUUACGUCCGUACCGUCGGCCUCCUUCCGAAACCUGGCUUACCUGACGGCCCUCAACCUCUCCUACAACCCCAUCUCCACGCUGGAGCCGUGGGCCUUCAGAGACCUCAUCAGACUGAAGGAACUACACAUGGUCAACACUAACCUGCUCACCGUCGAGCAUCACGCUCUCGGAGGCUUGAGACAAAUGCGAGUUCUCAAUCUGUCCAACAAUGGUCUGGUGACUCUGGAGGAGAGCUCCUUUCACUCAGUCAAUAGUCUGGAAACCUUGAGAGUUGACGGCAACCCUUUAUCCUGCGACUGUCGGUUGCUCUGGAUCCUGCAACGCAGGCGGACCCUGAACUUUGACGGCAAGAUGCCUGUGUGCGCUGGGCCGGCAGAGGUGCGGGGGUAUGCCCUGAGCACCUUCGGCGAUUCGGCCAUGUUUGAUUACUUCACCUGCCAGAAGCCGAAGAUAAGAAACAGAAAGAUGCAGCAGGUGACGGCGCACGAGGGCCAGCCGGUGUCGUUCCUUUGCCGGGCGGAGGGCGAGCCGACGCCGGCCAUCGUCUGGAUCUCUCCGCAGAGAAGACGGAUCACAUCGAAAAGCAACGGCAGGGUUACGGUGCUUCCGGGCGGGACGCUGGAGAUCCGUUACGCCCAGGUGGCCGACAGCGGCACGUACAUAUGCAUCGCCAGCAACGCUGGCGGCAACGACACCUACUUCGCCACGCUGACGGUGAAAGGCCACGCGGCCGACCCCGCGCUGUUCGCCAACCGCUCCAUGUAUUCCACGGACUUCAAUGAGACGGGUCUGAACAACACGCGUGUUUUUCUCAAAUUCACACUGGACCUCACCACCAUCCUGGUGUCCACGGCCAUGGGCUGCAUCAUGUUUUUGGGGGUGGUGUUGUUUUGCUUUCUGCUAUUGUUCGUGUGGAGCCGCGGACGCGGUCAACGCAAGAACAACUUCACGGUGGAGUAUUCCUUCAGGAAAACCGAUGGACAGACCACCACCGCCACUUCCGGAGCAACACGCAAGUUCAACAUGAAAAUGAUAUGAAACAACGCAGCCAGGGGCACACCGGGGGAAGCAUAAAGGCCCAACGCUAACACACACACACAGCGCUGAUGCAGAAACACAAUGGCCUGUCGCAAUCUGACAUUUAACGCUAACCUUGUCCUCGAAGCUCUCACAAACGUUCUAUUGUUUUUUCUGUUGCCGCUGACGGUUAUAUAAUUAUCCGUUUUAAUGCUGCACUUUGCUUAGGAGAGGUCAUUGUUUAACCACAAAGCCAUAGUAAAGUCUCUGUUCUUGGUUUCCCUUGACUUCUCAUGAAACCAACAACAUGUUAACUGAUCAUCACCAGAGACAAAUAAAUAUAUUGCCAUAACGUCCUCCAAUAUAACACCCACUUGACUCUCAAAGCUUGGGCUGAGAGGAGAAACUAAACAUCCGUGAGAAAGACAACAUCUCCAUUACUUCUCCUAGACGUCACUAAGAGGAAAUGGAAGCUUGAGUCUCAUCUGCGUCUCGAAAGUUUCCCCUGAGAAAAUAGGGAAAUCUCAAAGGUCUCUAUUAGAGUUUGAGAAGAUAUGUCAACAACGUGUUGAACUGAGCUUAGAUUUGUCAAGUCUGCCAUCAAAAGUCUAUAUCGUUGAAGAUUUCAAUAACAACUCAAACAUUUCCUCAUCAACUUCACUCAAACCCAGAUUAUUUGACCUCUACCUCUCUCUUUUCCAAGCCAUUUUAGGAGAAGCAUCUGAGACCAAGUUGAGACUCAACUGAAAACCAAUUGAGGGGCACUAAAUUUGAGCAAUAAAAGAGGGCCAAGGAACUAAAUUGGAUGUAGAUCGCUUGGUUUUUAGUGAUCGUUAUACUCAAAGAUGCGUUAAAGAAGCCGUUGAUGUUCUGCGUUGAGCGUCUGUGUGGGUUGGGAUGAACACACCGGCCGCAUCACUGUAACCACGAUACUGCGGUAUCCAAAUUGCACUACAGUGAAUUCAUCGUGUCUGAUCCGGAUUGAUGAGGGGUCGGCUGAGUGUUUCUUAUCCACAAUCCCCCUCCAUCAUUCUGAAUCACACACGUGCUGACCACCGGCUAGCCUUCAUGGGGGGAGGUCAGCCGGGUGUCACGUCUACUGGACGUCAGACGCAGAGAGACACACACACACACACACUGAAAACCCUCAAGCCAUAUGAUGAUAUUUGCGAUCAGGAGGUUUACAGCAAUAGCGUCGUGCGUUUCAUUGAUUCCCAACAGAAAAUACAGACAGACGUGAUGUUUUUAUACACGCAGGCUUGUUGUAUUUGCAAUAACUGUAGAGUAAUAACGAUGGCAAAUUGUAUUUUUUUAUUCUGAGUCUUACGAGACGUCAUGCGGGAUUCUUGAUCAAAACGUGUUCACUGUUUCUCCAGAACCGCUCGCUGUGAAUUCAUUUCUCAUCGGAAGCACUUGAAAUAUGUUGUGCCAAAUAUUGAAUUAAUAGACACGUCACCUCUCUCUCUCUCUCUCUGACGGUCUUGGUUUUUGGCGGCCGGUGUGUAGACGUUUCUGCUUCCCCUGCCCAGUCCACCCCAACGCCCCCUAUGUCAUGUCCCUUCACCCACCCGACUGGGUCUCCAUGAGGGAGGGUCCCUGGCUGGUGACGAAAGAUGUACACGAAAUCACAUCACCCAUAUAGUUCACGUGUCUUCGACUGUAGAGGAUACUAUGAUAUGUUUAGAUUUAUAAAUUAUGUGUUUUUGUACUUUUUUUUUUACGAGUCUUACGACUGAGACCGUUCCGUUGGUUUUCAGCACCGCAGCCAAUGCUUGAUGUAAAUGAAUGAAUCUGUUAACUAACGCCGUAAACCAGCAGCUGCUGUUGAAAACACAUCGCUUAAUAAGUGAACUACAAGAGCCAUAAAUGAUCCACCUGUCCAGAAAUCUGCGAUGACAAAUACAGUUGAAUUUGCUCCACGUCGUGUCUGUAGGUGACGCUUAGAGAAUACAACGGUCACGUCUAGAGAGAAUAUUUAUUGUGUAGUAUUUGCUUUAAUGCCUUCUUAGGUUCCAUCAAUCUAUCUAAGUGACAAGUGUAGGGUACAAAAUCAAGAAUGUGAAUGUAGGUGACAAAAAAGUGUAGGAGUUUUAUUCUCAUGUACAAAAACGCAAAGAAAACGCUGACAAUAAGCAAACAUUGAGUAGUCUUAUCAGUUGUAUAAAUAUAUAUAAAUAUACAUAGGCCUAUAUAUAUUAUUAGUUUACUAAAAUUCUGACUUGAAAUCGUCUCUGUUCAUUGAAAUCAAAUAAAAUAUUGACAUCAAAAUCUGACUUUGAUGCAAAUUUGAAAUGUUUGGUUUUAUUAUUAAACACGUAAACAUGGGGUGACAUAAUUAAUGUGUGUGUGUAUAAAAUGCACAGAUUUAAUAGAGAACAUGAUGAUAUAAUUUACAUUUGGUGUCUCUCUAGCGCCCCCUGUUGAGUGUGACCUCCACUCUCUCUAUCUCUGAAAUAAGUUUAAAGCACUUCAAGUAUAAUAAUAAACUAAAACUUACAUUGAACUCAAUUACUAUUAUAAAGAAACAUAAAAAAUAAACAAAUAAAUUAUUCAAUCACCAUAACAUAUACCAAAAUUGCUAAAACUUUACCUACAAUUAACAGAGAAACUACAGAUCUAAAAAUAAAAGCUAAUUUAAAAUAUGAAUAAAAUCAAAACUAUAAUAAGAGAGAUAACACUGUUUUGUUUUGUUUGAUAUCAAUCAAACUGUAGUUGGUUUGUUUUGCAUAAUAACUCCCAAUACAAGGUUUCAGAAGGACGCCAGCGAUGUGUUUUUCUCCUGGCUCUGCUCAUGCUUUUUGUGACCAAACUUGAUUAAGUUCUUCACAGCUACACAUCACGCAAAGAUCAUCUUCAACACAUUUUAUAACAUAUUAGAAAUAAGAUGUCAUCUUUCACAAAGACCUGGUAUAGUUUGACAUCACAAUAUGAAUUGAUUCUUUGUCACACGUUUUAUUUGACAUGCGCUGAUAACCGGAUGGCGAUGUUUGGCACAUCUGACUGUAUUUCUUCACAUCGGGGAGCGUCUGGAUUUGGUGAUGUAAACAUGUCAGGUCUUUGGUGACCCUGGCCCUUUUGUGUCGAGUAGCUGGUUGUUCUCAGACCUCGCCGUUGGAGUUUUGGUGAUGGAUGUUGUCUCUGUGGCCUGGGUUUGGAUGUUGUUUUUGUUUAGUUUCUGUUAGCGUUAGACUGGUGCAGUCAGUGACCGUGUGUACUGUAGGUGAUAGGAGGAGAGAUCGGAGGCUCAGCCGGGACUCCAUCACACAAGCGCCCGGCGUCCUCUCACACCCGACCCUUCAUCUGCUCAUUUUCUGACUGACACUUUUAGCAACUCGAUGAUGUGAAAGACUUCAAACCUUCAUCCCUGAUCUCGAAGAGUCCUCGGCAUUUAAGUCGCCAAUGUGUUUCUGGAUGUUUUUGUUUCUCUUCGAAUUGAAUAUCGAGCCGUAAAACUGCUUCAGAAUGACCUUCAUUAAUUGAAUAUAUUUGAUUAAUAAGGAAAAUCAUGUGGACACGUUAUGUUAUUAUGAACAAAUGUUUACCAUCCAGACUUGUUUUACAACACCGCGUACAUGCAAUGGUUAAUCUGUGGUUAUCACAGUUGAGCUAUGUAGCCAUGUUUUUUCUUCUAUUUUUAACCAUGGUUCAUUUUCACAAUAUAAAAAAAGCAUUUGAAGAUUGAUUUAAGAAUCGUUGACAUUUCAUUUUUUGUUUCAUUUUCUUAAAAUCAAAAUGUUCUCCAUCCUGUUUGCUGCCUCGGUUUAAACUGGAAUUUUUUAAGCGUUCCCAGUUCAAUUCUGGAUUGUUUACAACCCUGUCGUGCAUGAAACACGUAAACAGGCGCUGACAUAAUAAAUGUGUGUUUGUGUAUAAAAUGCACAGAUGAUUUUAGGAGAGAAUAUGAUGAUUACAUUUGGUGUCUCUCUAGCGCCCCCUGUUGAGUGUGACCUCCUCUCUCUCUCUUUCUCUCUCUCUCUCUCUCUCUCUCUCUCUCUUGCUUCAAUUGUACCAUUUUAGUCUCAUAUAAACACAAACACUUAUAGCUUCGCCUUGUGUCACAGACAAUCUUCAUAAUAGAUGAAGCACAACACUCUGAAUUUGAUCUUCUCUUGUCUCUUUAACAUGAAAAAAGAAUUCAUGUGUAAACAUUCCCAUAGACUAACACUGUAAUAGGGACCCGAGCCAUAGCUACAGACCAGCAUAUUCUUCACACAUAAUUCAUCUUUAAUACUUCGAUUUCUGAUCUUACAGCAUCUCUACAACAGACUAGAUAUUGAUCUGUAUUGGUAUAUUAUUUACCGAAAAAUACUGACUUGUGACGCACAUUGGCCUUGUGACGUCAAUUUGAAAUGUAGCUUUACUGCCAUCUGGCGGUGAAGAGCCAGAGUGCUUCAUUUCUACCAGUGAGAAUCUUGCUUUUAAAUGGACAGUUUACCCAAAAAAGUUCUGACAUCAUUUACUCACCUUUGACUUGUUCCAAAUCUGUAACAAUUUCUUUGUUCUUAUGAUAAUAUGGAAAUAUAUCCCCCCCCCCCAUUGACUCCUAUAGUAGGAAAAAAUACUUUAUAACUGUUUUGAACACAAAAGAAGAUAUUUUGAAGAAUAUUCUGAGAAGACUUUCUUGGGCACUUUUGACUUGCAUUAUAUGUUUUCCUACUAUGGGAGUCAAUCUGUCAUUCUUCCAAAUGUCUUCCCCUGUGUUCACCCAAACAGAAAUUCAUACAGUUUCAUCAGAGAAUUGUAAUUUUUGGGCGAAGAAGCCAUUUUAAGCUCAACAUCUAUCAUCUGUUCUCCCCUCGUGAUGAUAUGCAGAUCAAAAUAUGACUGUUAGUCCCAUAACACAAUAAAAAAAUCUUGUUGAUAUUUAAGGUCUCAGAUAAAGGUAGAUCACAUGUAGUCUUAGAUCUGUAGAUGGAAGCCUCUUUAGAUCUAAAUAAGAGAAAUUAAAUGUGACCGUAGUGUAAUUUAAGGGGAAUAAGCCGUUCAUAUUUCUUCUUGUAAAACUGACAGCAUAGAUUUAAAGGUUUAUGAAUGCUGUUUGUUCAGACACUUUUCAUCGGGAUGUUUUUUGUGCUUUUUUUACUCAUCUUAUGUGUUUUAAGCUCAGUGUGAGAUUGGAUGAAACAUCUUUAGCUUAUUAAACUUGUCUGAAUCUAUGAGCCAUAUUGUAGUGAGAUGUUUUACUGAGCGUUCAGACCGGGAUUUCAGGUAAUGUUUCAUGUUUAACUUAAUGUUUGUCUUCCUGAUUUGUUUGUUUCUACUAAUGUGUGUGUACAUAUAUGAAUCUAGACAACUUUCUUGUUUUUCUUCUCUCUCCUACUGCGAUGAAUUGUUUGGUGGACACUUGCUGUCAGAUAAUGUCAUUAUUACAGAUUGAUAGAAUUCUGAAAUGUUGCUGUAGAUUCUCUCAGAUAUUUCAGGUGAAACGUGUCUGUUGUGUCACUUUAUUUUUGUCUGCUUCAUGGUGUGUGUGUGAGCGUUUUGCCAAAAGGUUUUCAGCACACGACGAAUGAAAGCAGGUGCGGUUAUAAAUGUGUUUCAUCCAAACCUCACAGCGGCUUCAGUCUCGUCCAGAAAUCGAGUGUAUAUCUGUUAUUUUCUAUGCAUAUGUUUGUUUUAUACUGUGUGUGUCUUGUCUUGUAAAAAGAGAAAAUAUCUCUUCUUCAUAAAAGCAUGUUGUACCCCGUUCACCAUCACGGCUGUGGUGUUUUGUUUUUGAGCUCAUAAACAGUGUAAGAUGAAAGAAAUGCACGUGUUUCCUCCUCUGAGCUUCUCUGUUUCCAUACAGAACUGGCUCUUUGUUUUCCAUCAUACAGAAAUAUGAAUUAAAAGGCAAAAGGGUUUUGUAGUACUUGUUGUUUUAAGGUCCUUUCAGGAUCUGAAAGUCAUUCAGGUUUCCAAGGAUAACAUUAAAAAUAUCAAUUUAUAAUAAUUCUGCAGCGUUGUUUAUAAUGAAUCAAACAUGUUAUUUUAUUCACAUAGCAACGUUUACGUCAAUUUUGUACCACCACAUAGUUUCAGUAAUGCAUUGACUUAUUCAGAAGUUUUAGUGUCGUCAGUUAUAUUGCAGUUAUUUAUUUAUGUGAAAGAGUUUAUUAGGCAAUACUUGUACUUCUGCAUAAUUGUUUGCUUUAGUUCAGACAAGUGCACACAAGGAUGAACUCCAAAAAUAAAUUGACAUAUUAUUGA